AUGGUCAUAUGGGAAACUGGAGUUGUCUGCGUUGAUGGUCCAAUUUCUUACGAACCAAAGCUGAAGACAACAUCUCAGCUAUCUCCUGAGGCAGAUUUAAGAAAAGACUUGCCAGUCUUCGAAGUUCUGAACCGAUGGGGAGAUUUCCCUUUGCAGACUCCCGAAGUGGCUGAUGAGUUGGUGACAAGAGCAAUUCACUAUUCCUGUCAAAGUCAGACAAACAUGCAUCAGAUUGUUGAAGCGCUAGUCAAAGCACUGGCAGAUGGCGGUGUAUGGCAGGAGAUCAACUGCGAGCAGAUCAGUCUGGGCGGGAUGAAAUUCCUGGAUCGCCGCGAGCUGAAGGCUUGGUGUCAAUCCACUCUGAAAUCCUACCAGAAUGGCGAGCUCUUGAAGGAAGAGGAUAGCAAGAAGAUCAAGGAGCUGCUAUCACAUCAUCCGCGUAGCGACAAGAAGGCUGAAGGAUGUGUGGCUAUUCGAGCAGGUCAACAUCCCACCUUUGCGUUGAGAUGUUUUUUCGUGGUUCGUGGGGAUGGCAGUGAGGAGGACUUUAGCUACAUCCGUUGCAUGGACAAUACUCCGUCCUUUACCGUAACUGGUCAGCGACGAAUCUGCUACGCAUUGGGCAAGAUUUUGCAGGUAAAUCCAGGAGCGAUGAAGAGCCUGGCGGAACUCGCCGCCAGAAGGUUUCCACCCCUUCGCGGGAAGUUCGCCACGGUUCCAAAGCAUCGCAACUGGGUGGGAGGUUUGCUGCUGAUUUGCGGCUACAUGCCUUCCCUGAGUAUCUACCUGCACAUUUUGAUCGUGCGCCAGUUGGUUCAGAUCGACUCUGAUAUCAACCAGCUGAAUGCGAAAACGCCAGAGGUUGGCGUUGGUGAGGGCCUCCAGGGUGCUUGGAAGGACUUCAUGAGGGAAGAGAGGGACGCCAUGGCCAACAUUUUGGACGCCCAGAUGAUGCUGUUCUUUGAGUACUUGCAGACCAACCUCAUGAACACAGCAAAAGAUGACACAGAACGACGCUGCCAGCAACAGCAACUAGUGUCAGCCAUGAUGACAAUUUUCAAAGACGUGAUCCUGAACACGCACAAGGUGAAAUGUGUCCAGUUUCUUUGGUUCUACUUAUGCAGCAUGUGCCCCGUGUGGGCAGAGGCUUUUUUGCAAUUGCUCCUGGAGAAUGCUAGCAACAAACUGCAGGAGCUUGAGAAGAGAUGUGUUGCUUUCUCGUAUUUGGCUUCAUUCUUAGGCAGGGCCAAAUUCCUGAACGUGAAGUAUUCAGUGAGGAGCUGUGAGCACUUAGCUUUGUUUGGCAACACCUGGCUUCAGGAGCUGGAGGUUGGCCACGGGAUUCGGGAACAGAUCGGAGUAUCUACCAGAGAAGACGUGCUGAAGUUGAUGGCUUCUUUGGUUCAGGCUUUUUGCUAUAUCAUCGUUUGGCAUGUAGAGGGUUUUAGGGAAGAGACAGAUGAGAACGGCGUGAAUGGUUUGGACAAAGUAUUGCCAGACCUAGGACAGCCCAUGGACAAAACAGCUAUGACACAAGUGCUCACCAGCCGUUACAUGCCCUUUUCUCUCAUGCGACGCCCUGUCGCGAAGGAGUUCUGUCGGGCAAUCAGGCAGACCAGACCAAAGCUAGCGGAGGUCCUGCAGCAGCAACUGUACAACGUACCGCCCGUUGCAGAGGAAGAUGAGAUGCUGUUGAAAGGAACUGGAUAUUUUCCAUUUGAUCCGUUCCUGCUGGCUCAUUCCAAUAUCUUUCUGAUGGGCAUCUACCAGAGCUGGCAACGUGGCGAUGAUGGCUUUGAUGAGGAGUCAGACAGGGAGGCCGAAAACUACCUGAAGGCUCGCAACAGGGCAGAAUCUUCAAGACCUUCAGACAGUGCGUCGGACAUGGAGGAUGACCAGGAUGAUUUCACUGAUGAAGCGGACGUGGCGAGUCGAGGCUUCACUCCCCAGGUGGGACCAUCUCCGGCAUUUCGACCUGAUGCUGAUAUGGUCAUGCUGCCUUCCCUGUGCGGCUGUGGCAAAGCUUUGCAGAAGCGCUUGGACUUCAUGUCGACGGCUCUGGCACGUCUGGACACCUCAGCUGUCAACGCCGACAAUGCGUCAGGCGAGACUCCAGGCAUUGAUCAGGAGACUUCUCAGCCACCCGAGGUGGCAGAGGAGGUUCCAGGGCGAUGCUGUCGGAUCUGUUUGGAGGAAGGAGGAGAUCUUCUGAGUCCGUGCGUGUGUCGUGGCUCCGCCAAGUACGUUCACAUCGAUUGCAUCGAAGCUGCUUUUCGAGCACGUGGCUAUUUGUUGGAUUUGGCCUGCCCGACAUGCAAGCAUCACUAUGAAGGACCAGCAGCAGUCCGCAUGGGUGCUGUGGCGCUCAGUGAGUUGCAAACCCGCUACGGGGAAGAACACGCAAUGGUGGGAGCUGCCUUGCACAAUCUCGGCGUGGCGUAUGGUCUUUGCGGAGAUGCAGCGCAAGAGCGGCUUCAUCUGGAGAAGGCCUUGGAAAUCCAGGAACGAGAGUUUGGGCCUGACCACUGCGAUGUGGCCACCACGCUCUCAAAUCUGGGCAAUGCCUACGAUCGCUUGGGAAACAUCCAAAAGCAGAAAGAACUUUUGGAGAGGGCCCUGGACAUCAAUGAACGAGAGUAUGGUCCAGAUCAUCAUGUCGUGGCAACCACCUUGGUGAACCUGGGCAGCGUUUAUGGAAGGCUGGGCGAGCACGAGACGCAACGCGACAUCUUGGAGCGCGCCUUGGGGAUUAUGGAAGCGGAGUUUGGGGCCAACAGUCACAAGGUGUCCGCCAGCCUGGUGAACCUGAGCCUUGCCUACGGCGCUUUGGGGGACGUCAAGGGACAGCGUGACCUCCUGGAGCGGGCUUUGAAGAUCAACGAGCAGGAGUAUGGUCAUGACCAUCGAGCUGUGGCCAACACCCUCCUGAAUCUAGGCAAUGUCUAUGGCUGCCUGGGUGAUGUUGGGGCCAAGCGAGAUCUUCUGGAACGAGCGUUGAAGAUUAAGCAACGCGAGUUCGGACCCGAGCAUGCUGAAGUAGCGAAAGCCUUGGUGAGCCUUGGCAACGCCUACGGCGAUUUGGGGAACGUCUAUCACCAGAAGGAGCUCCUCGAGAAGGCUCUCAACAUCCAGGAGAGACACUUUGGUUCAGACCACUGGGAGCUGCUCAGUUCCUUGACUGGCUUGAGUAUGGUCUAUGACCGUUUGCGCGAUUUCCACCGCAAGAAGGAGCUGCUGGAGAAGUCCGUCAGCAUCAUGGAGCGAAGCUUCGGCAUCGAACACUACAACGUGGGUGUGAUCUUGGCUGCCUUGGCACAGACCUGUGGUGAUUUGGGAGACUUCAAACGAAAGAAGGUACUCCUGCAACGUUCGGUGAGAAUCAUGGAGCUGAAAUUUGGGCAACAGCAUCGAAAUGUGGCCGUUUACUUGGUGGAGAUUGCCCACACUUGUGAAAAGUUGGGUGAGAUCGAGACUCGUGACAAGCUUCUGUUGCGAGCUGGUCAAAUUGAGGAGUCUGAGAAGAAACGAGCCUCGCUCGAGAGUCAAGUUGGACUGACAGGACAGAGGUGCCCAGCACAACUGCUGCGGACAGAAAUGCUGUCACCUUCCCUUGGACCUAUCCUUCCACCUGCCGUGGAGGGGUUGGAGGAUGAUGAUUUUCUACCUCCGCAGGCCAUCGACACGGACAACUUCAUGAACCGUCGGUUGGCGCACCAGUCCUAUAAGUCCGGAGCACAGUAG